AUGAUAGCUAUUGACCUUAAAUUCGAAGAAUGGCAAUGGCAAUAUCAGAUAUCUACAACAUUCUUUAUAUUUGUAAUUUUACCAACACUAUAUUACAUAUAUGCGAAAUAUAUAUCUACUAGACCCAAUAAAUACAAUAAGCUUGAGGAACCAUUAAAAAUAGAAAUCCCAAUACCAGAUGAAGCAAAAGCCCAUUGGAAAGGUAAGAGAUUAUAUCCACCAAAUCUUUCAGUAAGAAUACCAAACGAACCAAACAAAAUCCAAAGUUACUGCCCAGCCACUAGUCAAUAUUUAGGUACAUUUACCGCUACAACGAAGGAAGAAAUGAACCAACAAAUUAUCAAGGCUAAAGCGGCACAGAAGACAUGGGCAAAAUCACCAUUUAGUUUAAGAAGACAGCUUUUAAGGACUCUUAGUAGAUUUAUCAUUGACCAUCAAGAAGAUAUUGCUCGAGUUGCAUGUCGUGAUAGUGGAAAGACUAAAUUGGAUGCUCUGAUGGGAGAAAUUAUGGUUACCUUAGAAAAAUUGAAUUGGAUUAUUGCAAAUGGCGAAAAAGCAUUGAAACCCUCCCAGCGUCCAGGUCCUUCGAACUUGCUAAUUGGGUUAAUGAAGAACGGUGAAGUUAGGUAUGAACCAUUGGGGGUUGUUGCUGCUUUAAUUUCAUGGAACUAUCCGUUUCACAACUUAAUGGGGCCAGUGAUUGCUUCUUUAUUUACUGGUAAUGCAAUUGUUAUUAAAUGCUCAGAACAAGUAUUGUGGUCAUCCACUUGGUUUGUGGAUUUGGUAAAAACGGUCUUGAAGCUGCUAAAUAUAAGCGAGGACUUAAUACAGUUAUGCUGCUGCUAUCCUGAAGAUGCUGACUAUUUGACAUCUCAUCCUGGAUUAUCUCAUAUUACUUUUAUCGGAUCAAAGAAUGUUGCUCAUAAGGUCGUAGAGUCAGCUGCUAAGGAACUCACCCCUUGUGUUGUUGAAUUAGGAGGAAAGGAUUCCUUGAUUGUUUUAGAUGAUGUAGUCGAUUUAAAAGCCUUAUCAUCUGUUAUUAUGAGAGGUACGUUUCAAAGUGUUGGCCAAAAUUGUAUUGGUAUUGAACGAGUGAUUUGUUUACCGAAAUCAUAUGAGACUUUAGUUGAAAUAUUAUCAGAAAGAAUUAAGCAUUUACGUCUCGGGUCAGAUAUAGAUCAACUCGAUGAAAUAGAUUUGGGAGCAAUGAUAUCCGACAAUAGAUUCCAACAUUUAGAGGAUUUAAUUUCGGAUGCAGUCAGCAAGGGGGCUCGUUUGAUUCAUGGAGGAAAACCUUAUCAGCAUCCAAACUAUCCUCAAGGCCAUUAUUUUGAACCGACACUAUUGGUUGAUGUUGACAAGUCUAUGAAAAUAUUUCAAGAAGAAGUAUUUGGCCCAAUUCUAACGAUGAUUAAGGCUACUGAUGCGGAUGAAGCAGUUGCCAUAUCAAACGCAACUGAGUUUGGUCUUGGAAACUCUAUAUUUGGCAAAAACUUUCAACAAUGUAAUGAAAUUGCCAAUAAAUUGGAGAGUGGUAAUGUUGCGAUUAAUGAUUUUGCUACAUAUUAUGUAGCACAAUUACCAUUUGGAGGUAUUAAGAAAUCAGGCUACGGUAAGUUUGGAGGCGAAGAAGGUCUUACAGGAUUAUGUGUAGCCAAGUCCAUUGUAAUGGAUAAACCCAUAUUGAGAAUGUUGGGAAUCGCUACGAGUAUCCCACCUGAAAUCGACUAUCCUAUUAACAGCGAUAAGAAAGCUUGGGGAUUUGUCAGUGCAUUAAAUACAGCUGGGUAUGACAAUAGAUCAUGGGAAAUUAUUAAAGCAUUUAAAAAAUUAGCCAAAGGUGGCGCUUAA